GCUCCCGGCCACCGAGCUCCCUCCGCUGCUGCUGCUCCCGCCAUCGUCAUCAACCUGGGAGUAACGUGUGAGGCGCUGGCUUCGUCGAGACAUGCUGAGGUGGGAUGUGGACCCUUUCCCUGCGGCUGCGGCUGCUCCUCGCGGAGCCGGGGGCGUCCGGGUGAUCGCGCCGCCGGGACUCGCCCCCUUCGCGCGUCCGGUUUCUGCGGGCGGCGCCCCCUGCGGGGCCGAGGCGGCGGCGGGGCCCGGGGCUCCCGCACGUAGAGGGCGGCGGCGCGGGACGACGCGGGCCGGCGGUCGGCGGACAAUGCGGCCGGAGGAGACCCGCGCGGCGCGAGUGGGGCCGGGCUGCGCGCGCGUGGCCGAGUGUGUAUGUAUGUGCCUGUCAGUCAAGGCUGACAGGCCGCGGCCCAUUGGUCAGGCCCCUCCUCCAGUCCCCGCCCACAGUCGUCGCCCAUUGGUCGGUUUGAACACAAAGGCCCCCGACUGGCCCCGCCUGCCGCGUGGGCCCAGCCGCUCAGAGAGAGCAACCUCCAGUUCUCGCGUGGGAGGCUCGUGGCGCGCUGCGACGCCUGAGUCUCGGGAGGACACAGCACGAUCGGAUUUAUGUCUGGGGCUCAGCUGGUCCUCCACACACAGGACUCGGAGUCUUUUGUACCAAAACACUUUUGAGAUGCUGCAAGUAAGCUCUGGUGCAGCUUCCCCUCGCGCGCUGCCCUGCGCGCUGUGCCAGGGCCCCAAGGGAACACCGAGUAGCCAAGGGCGGCCCGAAGGGGAGGCAGGUGAUCCAGACCCACGACUUGGCAGGGAAUAGUGUUCUGUUAAACCCAGAGUAGACUUGCAAAACGCUGGGCACUUGCACAAGCCCCGUUUUUGACAUUCUUGCACCAUUUUAUUGACCAGAAAACACUAAGUUUGGAGAGGUUUUUAAUUCUUUUCAUUGCACCACACAGGAAGAAACAGCAUUGAUUAGAAGAUUCCCUAUGGAACCGGGCGUGGUGGUUUACACCUGUAAUCCCAGCACUGGAGAGGUUGAGGAAGGAGGAUGCCAGCUUGGGCUACAAAGUGAGCACAAAGCCAGCCUGAACUGCAUUGUAAGAUUCUGUCCCCAGCCCCAAGAAAGAAAGAAAGAAAGAAAGAAAGAAAGAAAGAAAGAAAGAAAGGAAGAAAGUUCCCUAUGGAAUCCAAACCUGUGAUUUUCAUUGGUGUUGUUUUUCCAUUUUGGGGUUGAUUUUAGGAUUUCAGGUAAUAGCAAGAGAUACCCCAAGUUCCAAGAACCCCCAAGUUUCACAACAGCUUUUCCGUUUGAAGAGGUGUUUUGCCACCAUUGAUACCAGAGAGGUGAGGGAUGGCUGCCUAUUCUGCCUACUCCUGAGCUGAACCCAGUGCUUCGAUACGGGGGUCCUGUCCCUUCACUCCCAGCCAGUGACCUACAGGUGCAGGGUUGGGGAGAAGGUACUUCCGGUGCAAGGCCUUCUAAGCAAUGAGGAAACCAAGGGCUUUAUUUCACUUUUGAAGUACAGUGCCGAGAGGAAAUGAGACGAGAAGUGACAAAAUGACAGAGGCAGGCAACAGGAAGCUGUGGGGUGGGGGACUGAGGAACCACCAAGCUCACCUGCUGAGUCCCCCAUUCCAGACCUCCACUGUCCUACCUGAGAUGGGGGUGUCCCUUGCCCUUAGAGUAUCUUAGGACAACCUUGCCCAGGCUUCCUGAGGAUAGGGUUUUCAACCCCAGGUUGCUCCCCAUUCUGUCUUGGCCAAUUCCAGUGGAGUGUCUACACCCUGCCUUAGCAGAAGCAGUCCAGAGACGGCUUCACCCACUCAGAGGGGCCCAGCAUGACUCAUGCCCACAGGCUGGUUGGAGGCCCCCUUAAACUGUCCUGAUUUGUGGCCCUGUAGGAGGCUGAGCAGUGGUUCCCAAAGAUACCAGAUUCAGGUUCUGCAACAGAGCAUUACCAAGAUAGAAAGACCAAGCAGGGGAGAUUAAAGAUCCCAAAGUAGAGAAUCAGGGGGUUCACGCUGUUAUCCUAGACAUCCUCUGCAAAGAGGCACAGAGGAGGGGGCACUGUGACUCCAGAAGGAGACACUGAGUGACAUGACCACAAGCCAAGUCCGGCUGACAGCCACCAGGAGCUGGCAGAGCCUCGGCUUAGACUUUCCCAUUGGAUCCGCCAGAGAAGCACGGCCCUGCUCCUUGCACCUUGAUGAUGGCCCUGUGCCUCUGAUUUCAGAUUUCUGGUCUCAGAAUUGUGAGAAAAUACAGUUUUGUUGCUUGAAGUUACCAAGUUCAUGAUAAGUUGUUACAAAUGCCACAAGGAGCUCACAAAUGGCCCUGGGAAAACUUUAGCCUCGGCAUCCAAGGCUCUUGUGAUUGUGUCAGGACUUUCUCUCUUCUGAUUGUCCUCACUGACACCCACAUAGGACUUGCCAGGUGAUGCACAGAUCCUUCUGCCCAUCUCUUCUGCCAUUUGCCCCGCCUUGCCUGCCCAUUCAGUGUCUCUCCCCUUCUGGGCUCCUUUCUGCCCUGCAGCCCUGCAGUGGGCCACUCUUUGCCCCGCUGCCUCUUGGCUCUCUGCUGCCCCUUCCUGGCUCAGCUUUUUCUGUGAAUGGUAAGGGCAGGGGGUGGAUUUCCCCAGCCAGGCUGGAUCUCAGUGGCUGACACCUGUGGCCAUCAGACUGGGGCAUGUUGUGACUUGUCGGUGUCGCUCCCGGCCGGCAGGAAAAACACACGACAGAUUCUGACGGUGUGCAACCUUGUCUUUAUUUGUCUCCGCGUGGGCCCCGCGAGGCCUCUGCUCUGCCACCAGUCCUUUCUCACCGGUGGACUUUCUCUAUCUCUCUCGUGCUUCUCUCUCGUGGCGGGAGAGGCACUCACUUUUAUAGGGUAACAGUGGCCAAUCAGUUCAAAGCACGCGAUGCGGGCUGACUGGCUAACAUCAGUUGUUGCUAGGCAGACUAUCUUACAGAGCGGGUUGUUUAAGUCGCCAGGGCAAUCGGGGCAAGAAGCAGGCGCCAACUUGGCUCACUCGAUGGGAGGGGUAAUUUAGCUCAGGCUUCGCUCUUUCCUACAGGCCUCAGUGGCUCCCAACAGUGACUGUCUCCCUUGCCUGGCACUGUUGACCCCAGGCAAGUCACUUAACUUCUCUGAGCUGUUUUCCUUAUCCAUAAAUGGAACUAAUGGCCCCAACUGUCCUGUCUGCCUUGGGAAAGUCAGUGAGGCACUCUGGCUGUCUUUCCCUGCAUGUGAGGUCAAGGGAAGAUGAAAAUGUGGAUAGCCUCCCAGCACUACCCACCCACACCUGUGGGCUUUGGGGGAGGACAGAGAAGUGGACACCAGGUCUGUCCUGUACUGAUAGGAAAUGUCGGACGGCGCCUCUGCUUCAAGAGACCAGGAUUCCUUUUCCACCCACAUAACUAUAGAAUGAGCUGUGUCCUGCUCUGUCCCUGCCCAUGGCCUCCUCUCCUGGCCCCUAGCCCCAUCGUCAGCAUCAGUCAGCAGCCAGGGUGACAGUGGCGUCUGUCAUUAACUAUCACAGGCAGCCCUUGGUGGGGUGUUGACUUUCAAGGUGGUAACCUCAGAGGAGCAUGGUGCCCCUGACUCCCAGGCGCUGUUUCUCUGCCUCCCAGGGCUCUGAUGUGGGCUGCCGCGCCUGCCCAGGCCUGCUCUGGGAUAGAGCUCUGUAUCUGCAGGCUUUCAUCCAGGGAGCUCAAAGGCCAGUUACCAGGCGGCAGCGCAGUUAAGCUCGUUUUAUGGAAGAGUCCACUCCAGGAAGAAAAGGUUCCUGUGGAUUCAGGUUACAGCUGGUCAGCUAGUGCCGGGGAAAGAACACAGGUCCCUGAUGGAGCUGGACACCCCCAGCCACAUGAAGGUUGGCUCAGACUCUGGUGGGUGACUGUGCCUUAGUCAUCUCUGUCCGCCAUGCCCAUUACAGAGCCCAGCUCCUAAUAAAUGCUCAAUAAACGUGCAGCUCCCCAGUCGCCAGCCACAAAGGCUUUCCCUGGUGUGGGCUCCAAGGCCUGUCCUGCACCCACAAAGCCUUGCUCUCUGGUGAACCCUGGCUCAGCCCAUGUGGUGGCCUGGUGUGACCUUUCCUGUCCUCUGCCUGAGGGCGUCCUGCCGGCCAUCAGGGAUGAGCUCCCACGGCUCUUCUGCCCAGCUGGGGCUUGCCCACCUUUGCAUGCUGCUGGUGGUGGUGAAGAGUCCUCUCUGGCACCAAGGAAUCUUGGGAGGAUUCUGUGGGCUACUGCCCAAGGCUGUGACCAUUGUCACUCACAACCGCUGCCACGUGGCACAGUGCUGCCCACAGGGACGAAUGGCCUAGAUGGCCGAAUACUCAAGAGGAAGGUGCUGGAUCUGGGGCCUCUGAGGGCAGGGCUCUAGGGCCAGAGCUCAGGGCUGGUGUCACAGGGCUUGCCUGA